CAAGUACUUGUCUUUGGAGAGUAGCAAGGAGUAUAUUUUUUUCCCUGAAAUUCGUGAAGUUGGUCACAGUAUGUCAGAAAUCCGUCAUGGCAUGCCAGAGAUUAGUUUUCAUGUUCACUGGUAUAAGGACAUGAUUGAAAACUUCUUAAUGAAGUUAACUUAGCAAGAACAGGGAAAUGAUGGAGCCAUUUUGGAAAACCUCUGUUAAAGGAAUAGAGGGAAAGAACACCAAUAAAAAAUUCUGAGGCGGUACUGCAGCUUUCUCUUCAACUGUAGAUAUGAUACAGAGAGUUCGAGAAGAAUUAAAUGGUAUAUUCUAGGGAGAGGAGGGCUCAGGUGGAAAAAAAAAUGUUUCGCCUCAGGAAGAUUGGCAGAGGGGCGCUGAGAAGAGACAUGGAUUAGGAGUUUCCUGUUGGUCAUUUGUAAGAGAAACUCUGGGAGAGAGCUGGUGAGGGCAUGUCUGUGAAGGCUUAAGCAGGGAGUAUAUUGAGGAAGGAGGGACAGUGAAUACACAGUGUACUUGUUAGUUUUUAGUGGUGAUAGAAAAGAAAGAAAUGAAUUAGUAACCUGAGGGGAAGUAGAAUAAUUGAGGGAGGUUUGAGUGAGGGUGUGUCUGGUUGAAAGGUUUGUAGAAAUGGAAUCACUAUACAGAGAAAGGGAAGUAGGGGCUAGGAUUAGACUGACUGUUUAAUGUUAAAAGUCAUAAAAAUAAAGGAGCACACAUGUUGCUCUGUGUAGGGAGUCUUGUAAAGAUGGAAGAAACUGGUUUCCUUGAUGGAAGAUGAAAGAUAACUGUUCACUGUUCUGAGUCUUUGUUCUAAUAGUCAGGCAAAGGUAGGGAUAGAACUGAGCUGAUUGGUGUUAAACCGGUGUUGAAGGAAUGGAGUAUGAGUAAAAACAUCUGAAAAUUCUCUGGAAAGCCCAUUUGAGGUUGGAAUAUACGAACAAAUACUAAUGAAAAUUCUUUUUAGUGUGAUAUGAAGCGUUUGUGAAAAUAUAGUCUUAUGUAGCUCCCUCCCCACUCCCCCGUCAUAUCUCUGGAGAGCCUGUGGUUAAAGCCCUUGUGGUCAACUCUAGCCGUGUCUACUGAAGCCUGGAAGGGUAUGCAGUAGAGAUCCACAUGGCCUGUCCUGAUGGGGACAAGUAGGAGGCACAGAAAAAGAAGGUGAUAAAUUGGGACUAUGAUGUCAUCUUCUGUUUAACUACGAAUAGACCAGGACAGUCUAGAUCGGAUAAAUAGCACCAGUUUAAGUGACUCGGGGAUUAAGGCCAGGCUGAGGAGCAAGUGAAUAGCAGAAGGUCAGAUAAGAAGCUAGAAUAUAUUCUAGGAAAUCAUCCAAAGAAAGAAGCAACAUGUGGAUCUGAGAACUUCAUGUUAAGCAUUUGCUUCCUUGGAGUCUGGAAGUCAAGAGAUGUACAGAAGCAGUGUAACAGAUGAGGUUAAUAUCACGUGACUGGCCCUCUGGGAGUGGUUAGAUGAUGUGGUGUGUGUGUUGGGAAUGAGGUGUGGGAAUAAAGAGAAGUGUUGCUCCUGGAUUGACUCAUGGCUGCUGUUGGGAGUGAGUGUCAGGAACCUUCUUUGGGAUCCCAUCAUGGAAGUCUUAAGAGUAAUCGACAGAUCUCACCUCAGGAAUUCAUCUAUGAACUGAAGAUGGGGUCUGCGGAUGAGAGACUCUUCACGUACCUGGAGUCCCUCCGCGUGUCUUUGACAAGUAAUCCUGUGAGUUGGGUGGAAAGCUUUGGACAUGAGGGGCUUGGAUUAUUACUGGACAUCUUGGAAAAGCUGAUUAGUGGCAAAAUACAAGAAACAAUUGUGAAGAAGAAUCAGCACAAAGUCAUACAGUGUCUGAAGGCCUUGAUGAAUACCCAGUAUGGCUUGGAAAGAAUUAUGAGUGAAGAGAGGAGUCUUUCUUUGCUAGCCAGAGCCAUUGAUCCUGAGCAGCCUGGCAUGAUGAUGGAUGUGGUUAAGCUCCUUUCUGCAGUGUGCAUCGUAGGGGAGGAAAGCAUCCUUGAAGAAGUCUUAGAAGCUUUAACAUCAGCUGGAGAAGAAAGAAGAAUUGACAGAUUUUCUUCUAUUGUGGAAGGUCUUCGGCACAAUUCAGUUCAGUUGCAAGUAGCGUGUAUGCAGCUCAUCAAUGCCCUUGUUACAUCUCCUGAUGACUUGGACUUCAGGCUUCACAUCAGAAAUGAAUUUAUGCGUUGUGGAUUGAAAGAGAUAUUGCCAAAUUUAAAACAUAUUAAGAAUGAUGGCUUGGAUAUCCAACUUAAAGUCUUUGAUGAGCAUAAGGAAGAAGAUUUGAUGGAGUUCUCCCAUCGCCUCGAAGAUAUUAGAGCUGAAUUUGAUGAAGUCAAUGAUCUUUACAACAUGGUGUGGAACACAGUUAAGGAAACCAGAGCAGAGGGAUAUUUCAUUUCAAUUCUGCAGCAUCUUUUGCUGAUUCGAAAUGAUUAUUUUAUAAGGCAACAGUACUUCAAAUUAAUUGAUGAGUGUGUAUCUCAGAUUGUACUGCAUAGAGAUGGGAUGGAUCCAGACUUCACGUAUCGAAAAAGACUAGAUUUAGAUUUAAGUCAGUUUGUUGAUAUUUGCAUAGAUGAAGCAAAACUAGAAGGGUUUGAAGAGAAAGCAUCAGAACUUAACAAGAAAUUUGAAAAAGAGUUUACUGACCACCAAGAAACUCAGGCUCAACUGCAGAAAAAAGAGGCAGAGAUUAAUGAGCUUCAAGCAGAGUUACAAGCUUUUAAAUCACAGUUUGGUGCCUUGCCACCUGGUACCUGUUUGCCUCCUUCAGAUGGAAACGGAACCGGCCCUCCAGCCCUGCCCCCACUGCUGCCCCCGCCGCCCCCACCGCCGCCCCCACCACCCCCACCGCCGCUCCCAGGGCUGCCCUUACCUUUUGGCGGGGGGCCUGUGCCCCCGCCCCCUCCGCUGGGACUUCUCACUGGACAGACCGCUCCACCUCCACAGAUCCUGCCUUUUGGGUUAAAACCAAAGAAAGAAUUUAAACUGGAAACCAGCAUGAGAAGAUUAAAUUGGUUAAAGAUCAGACCUCAGGAAAUGACUGAAGACUGUUUCUGGGUAAAAGCAAAUGAAAAUAAGUAUGAAAGUGUGGAUUUGCUUUGUAAACUUGAGAAUACGUUUUGUUGCCAGCCAAAAGAGAAAAGAGAAGAGGAAGAUUUUGAAGAGAAGAAAGCUAUUAAGAAACGAAUUAAGGAACUUAAAUUUCUAGAUUCCAAAACUGCCCAGAACCUUUCAAUCUUCCUGAGCUCUUUCCGGGUGCCAUACGAGGAAAUCAAAAUGAUGAUAUUGGAAGUGGAUGAAACACAGUUGGCAGAGUCUAUGAUUCAGAACUUAAUAAAGCAUCUUCCCGAUCAAGAACAGUUGAAUUCACUGUCUCAGUACCAGAGUGAAUAUAGCAACUUAUGUGAACCCGAGCAGUUUGCUGUCGUUAUGAGCAAUGUGAAGAGACUACGGCCACGGCUCAGUGCUAUUCUCUUUAAGCUUCAGUUUGAAGAGCAGGUGAACAACAUCAAACCUGACAUCAUGGCUGUCAGUGCUGCCUGUGAAGAGAUCAAGAAGAGCAGGGGCUUCAGCAAGUUGCUGGAACUGGUGUUGCUAAUGGGAAACUACAUGAAUGCUGGCUCCCGGAAUGCACAAACCUUCGGAUUUAACCUUAGCUCUCUCUGUAAACUAAAGGACACAAAAUCAGCAGAUCAGAAAACAACACUUCUUCAUUUUCUUGUGGAAAUAUGUGAAGAAAAGCAUCCUGAUAUCCUGAAUUUUGUGGAUGAUUUGGGACAUUUGGACAAAGCUAGUAAAGUUUCUGUAGAAACCCUGGAAAAGAACUUGAAGCAGAUGGGAAGGCAACUUCGACAGCUUGAGAAAGAUUUGAAAAUCUUUCCCCCUCCUGAAGACUUGCAUGAUAAGUUUGUGACAAAGAUGUCCAGCUUUGUUAUCAGUGCAAAAGAACAAUAUGAGAAACUUUCAAAAUUACAUGAAAACAUGGACAAGUUAUACCAGAAUAUAAUGGCGUACUAUGCCAUUGAUGUGAAGAAGGUGUCCGUAGAAGACUUCUUGACUGAUUUGAAUAACUUCAGAAACAUGUUUAUGCAAGCAAUGAAGGAGAAUGUCAAAAAGAGAGAAGAAGAGGAAAAAGAAAAACGUGCCAGGAUAGCCAAAGAAUUGGCAGAGAAGGAAAGAUUUGAACGCCAACAAAAGAAAAAGCGCUUAUUAGAGAUGAAGACUGAGGGUGAUGAGACAGGAGUGAUGGAUAGUCUGCUGGAGGCCUUGCAGUCGGGGGCUGCCUUCCGCGACCGAAGGAAAAGGACACCGAAGCCAAAAGAUAUUCGGCAGAGUCUCAGUCCAGCGUCUCAGAGGCCUAUUCUGAAAGUUUGUAACCAUGAAAAUCAGAAGUUGCAGUUGACAGAAGGGCCACGUUCACACUACAGUAUCAAUUGCAGCUCAACAAGGACUGCAGUCACCAAGGAGCUUAAUUAUAAUCUAGACACUCACACGUCUACAGGGAGGACCAAGGCAGUUGAGAAGAAGGAGGCCUGUGAUGCAGAAAGCAACAGAGAAAAGGAAAUGGGACUUCUUGGCGCUGUUUCUAAAAACGAACCCAUUCCUGAAGUUGAAGCCCUGCUGGCAAGAUUACGAGCUUUAUAAAUUAAACUGGUAAAAAAUGAUUAAGCCAAAUACAAAGCCAUGCUCUAAGCUCUAACACUUGAAAAAAUUGCUUUUUAUAUCAGUGACUUUAUAUAGUUUUAAAUUAGGAUAUAUAUUAGAAAAAUAAAGCUAAAUACAUGAUUGCAGUGCUUUUCCUAUGUACUUGAGGUUUUGGCUUAUUCAAGAUUGUAAUGGGCUUUAAAUGCUUUUCUUGUCUCCUGGUGUUCGUGUGUUCUAUAUUUGGUGGUUGAAUUAUACAUAAUGCUUCAGAGAGCAGGUAGGUGGCCAGGUGUUCAACAGUGUGUCCUUAAGAAAAUACCAUCUUUUCAAGUCACUGUGAUUUUUACUUUACUAUUUUCAACAUUAGUGAACAUCAAAUCAUCAGCCUCCAGUCUUGCUACUUAUCCGUGUAUAUUCUGUGUAUGUUAUUUAUAAAGGGCCAGGUUCCUCCUUAAUUGGGAUCUGUAUGCUAUUAACAUAGCACAGAAAACAUAAAACUGGAUAUAAUAAAGCUGUGAGGAGAUGAUUGGUAAGCUCAUUAUGAUCAUUGUUGAAUUCAUGUUAAUUAGACCCUGUUGGAGACUAUAUGGCAACUGAACACAUUUCCAAAACUGAUGUAAUAGGAAUAUAUGUCCUCUCUUUGCAGAACGCACAUACCUUUGUGUAAAUGGAUACAAUGUUACAGUGCUGCCGAAACUUAGAGGAGAGAACAUUUUUUUUCCCCCUGAUAAUGAUGAUUCUGGGAUCGAAUUGCCAUUUUGAAACUUUCCACAUUAAGAAUUUUUAAUUUCUGUGAACAAACUUGAAAUUGCAGUUCCUUUGAUCUGACAAUCAAUAACUUUAACAAAAAUCUGAAGUGUUUCAAGAAAGUCUUCCUAUGUAAAGGUUGCAAUUUUAUCCCAUUGGGGGCAUCAUUAAUUCUAUUAAUUCUAUAUCAAAGAAAAUAAACUUUGUUAUUUGCACUAAAUAAAAAAA